AUGUCAACGUCGCCGUCACCACCAACAACAACUACAACUACAACAGCUACUACUACUAAUAAUAAUGCUACUACAAUUAUCACAUCAUCAUCACCACCACCACCACAACACUCAUCAUCAAGCGCGUCAUCGAGUUCGACGACGACGACCUCCCUGUACCAGCUGCCAGCGACGUCCGCCGGUUCUGCGGGGUCAUCGCCCAUCACGACGCAGCUGCUGCUGCAGCAACCGACGGGACGCAAGGGCCACCAUCACCACCACCACCACAAUCACCACAUUGUGGCCACUUCUUCGUCCUCGUCAUCCUCUUCUUCGCUUCUGAUCAAUCAUCUCACCGCCAGUCCUGCGGCGGCAAGCUCUCGAACCGCCGACGGGCCGCCGCUGAAAAAGGGUGGGACCGGGAAAAGCUCGACGGCGACGCCGGCGGCGGUGACGAAAAUAGCUGCUGGUUUGGCUAAUGCAGUUGCCGCGGCGGUCGCGGACGCCGUCACGGUCGCCACCAUCGGCCGCAAUCUGAACCUUAAUCUGAACAACUACUCGCAGCUGCGCCAGCAGCUGGAAAUGCAGAACGGGAACGGGACGGGCAGCGGUGCUGCCAGUUCGGCGGAAGUUGGCGGCGGUCAGUUGAAGCAGUUUCUCACUAGCGGCGGUCGUGGAGGCGUCGGUAACAAUCAUCAUUCCCAGCAGUAUCAGCAGCAGCAGCAAAGUCAGGGUCAGCGUCGAAAUGCUGCCGCGGCGAUCGACAGUAGUAACGGCAACGGCAUCUGUCUGCAGUAG